AUGGAAGCCCACGACGCGGCCGUCAGGCGCAUCGCAGCCCAGGUCAAGACGUUCCACGAAGCGCAAAAGCCGUUCCGCAUCUACCACGGCUCAACCAACAGCACGCGCACGUCGCACCGGCGCGCCGACAACACCAUCGACACCAGCCGCCUCAACCGCGUCCUCUCGGUGGACAAGACGGGCAUGACGGCCCUCGUGGAGCCCAACGUGCCCAUGGACGCGCUCGUCGACGCCACGCUCGCGCACGGGCUCGUGCCGCCCGUGGUGAUGGAGUUCCCGGGCAUCACCGCGGGGGGCGGCUUCUCCGGGACGUCGGGGGAGAGCAGCUCGUUCCGGUACGGCGCCUUCGACAGCACGUUUGACUGGAUCGAGAUUGUGCUGGCGGACGGGGCCACGGCGCGGGCGUCGCGCACCGACAAGGCGGACCUGUUCUGGGGCGCGGCGUCGGCCUUUGGCACGCUCGGCGUGGUGACGCUGCUGGCGGUGCGGCUGCGCCCGGCGAAGCGCUACGUCGCGCUGCGGUACGCCCGUCGGACCCGUGGUUCUACAUUCGCGCGCGCGAGGUGCGCCGGCUGCUGCAGGAGCAGGAGGGCGAGGACGCCGUCGUGGUCGACCACGUCCCGCUGGUGGACUACCUGUUCCGCUGGGACCGGGGCGGCUUCUGGGUGGGCGAGUACGCCUUUGCCUACUUCCGCGUGCCGUUCAACCGGGUCACGCGGCGGCUGCUGGACGGCUUCAUGCGCGCGCGCGUCAUGUACCGCGCGGUGCACGGGUCGGGCCUCGCGGACGCGUACAUGGUGCAGGACGUCGGGGUGCCGUUUGCGCGGGCGGCCGAGUGCACGGGCUGCACGCCGGCUUCGGCGCCCCGGACGCGCCGGACCUGGUCAACUUUGGGGUGUGGGGGCCGCUGCGGCGCUGCCCCCGGCGCGCGCAGGUCGUCGAGGCGAACCGCGCGCUCGAGAGGAAGGUCGCCGAGCUCGGGGGCAAGAAGUGGCUCUACGCGCACGCCUACUACACCGAGGACGAGUUCUGGGCGCACUACGACCGGCCCGCGUACGACGCGCUGCGGGCCAAGUACGCCGCAUCGCAUCUGCCCAGCGUCUACGACAAGGUGCGCGUCGACGUCGACGCCGAGGAGGCCGCGAGGCGGAGGAGCCGGCGGGCCAGGGCGCGCGGCGCGCUGGGACGUGUCUGGCCGUUGAGGGGGCUGAAGGGGUUCUGGGCCGCUGCCAGGGGAGGCGAUUACCUGCUGAAGAGGACAUCGAGGAGGAAGCCGGACACGGGGGAGACGGAGAGCGGGUAGGGCUAUGUUAA